UCCAUUUGUCAAUAUUCCCAUUUUCCAGCCUUUAUUUCAUCCUUCUAAGGUCAUGACUAAAACCCCAAAUCUUAAUUUUUGGAAAAUAUUCUACCAACAGUAUACCGUAUGUCAAAAAAUGCUUCAGUGUUAAUAUAUAAAUGGCUAUAACGUCUGCUACGAAAGUAGAUAUCUUUAUAGAAUCCUUCAACAAAAAGAUAAAUUUGUUUAUCGUUAGCAAUUGAAAGAUCUUAUGAGUGAAGCAGUUCAUCAAUCACUAUAAGAAUGCACAAUACAUUGGGACAGGAGUUAACCACAGCCAUAGACAUUGUCGAAGUGAAUGUAUUUCAAACUUGGACAUAUAAACUAAUAAGUGUGUACAUUCAUUGAUUGCAUAUAUACACAGGUCUUUCUUCCAAGUCUCUCUCUGUUUCUCUGCUUCAGAAAGGAGAUGGCUUCUUUCGCGAUUGAGGACUUUAUUGGAAAUGGAUCGCUGCAGGGACUUAUUCCAAAGCUGUUGGAGGAAGGGUGGGAUGAUGUACCAACACUGAAGAUUAUGACUGCAGAUGAUAUGAACGAGUUGAACAUGACUCAACGGCAAAAGGAUGCGCUGGAAAUAAGGUCAUACCUGCAUGAUCAUGCACUGAUGCAAUAUGCAGAUAAGCUUGAGGAGUCUGGGAAUUCCCUUUCUGAGCUUCUUAACUUGAGUGCAGUAGAUCUUACUGCAAAGUAUGGAAUGAAAAGGGGCCAUGUUGCCCGUUUUACAGACAGAACUGCAGCUUGCGGGGGAGAUUCUUUGCCAGAAGCCAACGAUCUCCAAGUGAGGAGAAGAAGUGCCUCGAGGAAUGAGAGUCUUUACAGGAGAGAGAUUUCUGCUGUCAACUCCAGGAAGCAGAGUAUGACGAGAUCCCUUAGGAGAACCAAUACAGCUAAUGAUGUAUCCCUUGAACAAUCAUUGGCUGAUUUCAAAAUUAAAGAUGGACAUGUUUUUAAGGGAACAGUAGCUUCAAUGCCAGAUGAGCCUAGAGCAUGCGGCUGUGUGCAGGCCACCCCAGUAGUUGAGAAUGUUGCUCCUUAUUCUACCAUUGAGAAUAUCUCAGUUCAGAAACUAACGCCAGAGUACAAGAUUGGAAUGGAGCGUUUGGUGAAAACAAAGACUCCGCCACUGAAGGCUUCAGAGCUCUGGCGUGAUAAACCAGCAGUGAUUAUAUGCAUUCGUCGCCCUGGGUGCAUUAUGUGCAGAGCUGAAGCCCACCAACUUUAUGCAAAGAAACCAAUAUUUGACGCAUUGGGGUUUCAAUUAUUUGCUGUUCUUCAUGAGCAAAUAGAAUCAGAGUUAAAGGAUUUCUGGCCACGAUACUGGGGUGGCGUAGUCCUCUUUGACAAAAGCAUGGCAUUUUAUAAAGCUCUGGGAGGAGGAAAUCUGCUAAAAGACAGGUUCAUAUCAGGCUUUCUAUUUAAUCCUCGAGCUAUUGCAAAUUAUAAGAGAGCGAAAGCCAUGGGGGUGGAGCAGAACUUCAGGGGUGAAGGUGAGAUAAAAGGAGGACUUUUCAUUGUCGGCAAAGGAAAAAGUGGAGUUGCUUAUCAAUUUAUUGAAAGGAAUUUUGGAGACUGGGCACCCCUUGCUGAAGUUUUUGAGAUUUGUCACCGCUUGCAGAAUCCGCCGGAAAGUCAGUCAGAGUUGUUCCCAUCAUUACUACAACGGGAUUAGAUAUGGUUAUUGCUUCUAUGGAAUAAGCCCUUGUUUGAAUCUCAAGCUGAAAGAAGCUAUAUCUCUUUCAAACUUAAAAUUUUAUGUUUCAUUAUCACAGCUUUUUUGUUGUAUGUAUAACUACCCACAGUAAAUUCCUUGAUGAUACUGGAAUUGUAUUGGUGUUAGAAUCUAGUCAGACUGGCAAUAUAUCUAUUUCUUUUGAAUCACAUAAGGCAGAAGUGCCGAUAUGUAGAUUGUACUCAACUAGUACAUCAGGUAUGCAUUGGUAACUUAUAAACACUUAGGACAAAGAUUGUAAAUCAUCUCAUAUAACAAUAUAAAAGGCAAAUAAAGAAAAUUCCCAAAAAUCAGUAGCUUUUCAUCCGAAGAGCAGAAGACUGACUCCCUUUUACAAGAUAAAUAAAAAUCAUCUGCUUCUCCUAUCCAAAAGCCAAUAGCUGCAAGUUAAAGCUUUCUCAUAUUGAUGUGUUUAUGAAUCAAAAGUUACCAACAGAACUAUAUUUUCUCCCAAAACUAACAGAAUUAGAUAACAACGUCAAUGUCUAAAGGGCUGUAAUUUGUCAACAUAAUCAGCUAUGUUAUGGUUA